CUCGUGCAUCAGAGCGGUGUCCAUCACGUUGUCGGAAGUGAACUGAAUGUGGAUUGUAUUUAUUAGCGUGAAGGUGUUGGUUCAACGAUGCUGGGACUAGUCCAACUUCUGCUGCCAUUCUUCGUGGCUGCCCAGGGCUACACCGAAUGUAAAUGGGGCUUACAUGGCGAGCACUGCAACCUACCAUGCCCCCAGAACUGUGCCCUUCUUCCUCCACUUGAUGUUCCGUACUGUGACACUGACACGGGGAAGUGUUCUGGGGGAUGCCAGCGUGGUUGGCAUGGUGAUCUGUGUGAUCAAGACUGCAGCCGGAACUGUCUAGGACAGACAUGCAUCCAUCAAACUGGGCACUGCACACUUGGCUGCAGUGGAAACAACGCUGGACAUUUCUGUAAUAAUACUCGAGACUGUGGUCAUGGCUGGUAUGGCGAUCUGUGUCAACACCCCUGCAGCAUCAACUGUGUGGAGGAAAAAUGCAACCACGCAACUGGAGCCUGUAUACUCGGCUGCAGUGGGACUAACAAGGGGAAGUUUUGCAACACUACAAAAGUGAACAACAAGGAAGACACAAACAGCCAGACUGACAAAUGGGAUUCUGUCGUCCUGAAUGUCGUCGGAGCCACACUCAUACUCACAGGCGUAGUCAUACUCACAGGCAUUGUGUUCUUAAGGUAAUCAUUGUAGUUGCAUUCAGUUUUGUGUUUAACUGUGAAUUUAUGUUUGUAUUUCCUGAUAUAUUCAAAUAUUCAUACCAACGUACGUGCAGUUUAUCAUGACAAUGUUCAAUGUUAUUAUUCCGUAAAUAACUCAGUUUCGGCAGUACUGUAAUUAAAUCAAA